GUAAGGGUGGCAUUGUGGCGGUUGAGAACCUCGUUCUGGGUGGUGAAUGGCAUCCUAAGGGCUGGAAUGGCAUCGAGGAGUGUCGCUUCAUUCCCCAUCCGCACUUGUCCCUCGAGGAGCUCCAGGGCCUCAACCCAGACUCCGAACGAGGGCGUGCGUGUCAACUGUGGGUAUUUGGGUCUAUUUCCCCUUCCAUGCCCUGGGAUCGCGUCCGGGUGGAACAUGGAGGAACUUCCUUCGCAGUGCGACGAUCGAUUCGAGAUGAUGAUGCCCGACUGACCUGGCAACCUCGUCCAUCCGACUGACUUGGAGGUCUCAACCACGGCCACAAAAAGUCAGGCGCUCCACGGGUCACCAGCGCUCCACGGGUCCCGGCAGACGGACCGUAGGACGAGCAGCGCGGACGGACGUGCAUGCGUGGAAGAAGUGCGGUCUGUGCGGACGCUGUCCGGACGUG